AUGUCGGCCACACUAAUCAACGUCGACGACGGCGACGCCAUGGAGCCGACCCUCCAGUCGAUCCUCGACCAGCGUUCGCUGCGCUGGAUCUUCGUCGGCGGCAAGGGAGGUGUAGGCAAGACAACCACAUCCUGCUCACUCGCCAUCCAGCUGGCCAAGGUGCGCCGCUCCGUGCUGCUCAUCUCAACCGACCCGGCCCACAACCUCAGUGACGCCUUCAGCCAAAAAUUCGGCAAAGAGGCCCGCCUCAUCGACGGCUUUGAGAACCUCAGCGCCAUGGAGAUCGACCCUAAUGGGAGCAUCCAAGAUUUGCUGGCUGGGCAGGGCGAGGGCGAUGGAGCGGCUGAUAUGGGCGGGAUGGGUGGUAUGAUGCAGGAUUUGGCUUUUGCGAUCCCCGGUAUCGACGAAGCCAUGUCCUUCGCCGAAGUCCUCAAGCAAGUCAAGUCGCUCUCCUACGAAACCAUCAUCUUCGACACCGCCCCAACAGGCCACACCCUCCGCUUCCUCCAAUUCCCCUCCGUCCUCGAAAAAGCCCUCGCCAAAGUCUCCCAGCUCUCCAGCCAGUACGGCCCCCUCCUCAACGGCUUCCUCGGCAGCAACGGCACGUUGCCCAACGGCCAGAACCUCGGCGAGAUGAUGGAGAAGCUGGAGGCGCUGCGCGCCACCAUCUCCGAGGUCAACACGCAGUUUAAAGACGAGCGCCUGACUACUUUUGUGUGUGUUUGUAUCCCAGAGUUCUUGUCGCUUUAUGAGACGGAGCGCAUGAUUCAGGAGCUUGCUAGCUAUGGUAUCGAUACCCACAGUAUUGUGGUCAAUCAGCUGCUGUUCCCCAAGGCUGGUUCCGAUUGCGAGCAGUGUACUGCCCGCCGUCGUAUGCAAAAGAAGUACCUGGAGCAAAUCGAGGAGCUGUAUGACGAGUUCAAUGUGGUUAAGAUGCCGCUGCUGGUGGAGGAGGUCCGUGGGAAAGAAAGGCUGGAGCGCUUUAGUGAGAUGCUUGUCAAGCCCUUUGUGCCGCCUGCGUGA